GGCCUCGGCAUUUUCAGAGUACGGAAGGCGGGUUUUUCGUCGCUCCGUCUCUUUGCGCUGAAGCAGCUUCCUGGUCACCUGAGAACUAGGAAGGAGGCCGGUGGCUCGACUCGUCUCGCUGCUGAGCCGCCGCCAUGGCUUCGCUUUUCAAGAAGAAAACGGUGGACGAUAUAAUUAAAGAACAGAAUAAAGAAUUAAGAGGUACACAGAGGGCUAUAGGAAGAGAUCGAGCAGCUUUGGAGAGACAAGAAAAGCAACUGGAAUUGGAAAUAAAGAAAAUGGCUAAAACAGGAAACAAAGAAGCCUGUAAGGUUCUAGCAAAACAGCUUGUACAAUUGAGAAAACAGAAAACUCGAACCUAUGCUGUUAGCUCAAAAGUUACAUCCAUGUCAACUCAGACAAAACUGAUGAAUUCCCAGAUGAAGAUGGCAGGAGCAAUGUCAACAACAGCAAAGACAAUGCUAGCUGUCAAUAAAAAGAUGGAUCCACAGAAGACACUGCAAACUAUGCAGAACUUCCAGAAAGAAAACAUGAAAAUGGAAAUGACAGACGAAAUGAUCAACGAUACCCUAGAUGAUAUCUUCAAUGAUUCUGAUGAAGAACAAGAAAGUCAGGAUAUUGUUAACCAAGUCCUUGAUGAAAUUGGAAUUGAAAUAUCUGGAAAGAUGGCAAAGGCUCCUUCAGCUGCGAGAGGCAUGCCAUCUGCAUCUACAUCAAAAAAUGCUACAAUUUCAGAUGAGGAGAUUGAACGGCAGCUUAAAGCCUUGGCAGUAGAUUAGCUGUAUGCUAAUAUGAAGCCUGACUUCUACAGUUGCUCCAACAUUGGCAUAAGCACAAACUUCCAGUGCAGGUUUCAAUAAAAACCAGAUUUCAUUGCAAAUCUUGCCUAAGCUAUUAUUGGUGACAGUAAUUUCUAAAGACAGCUGGAAGAACUAAAUUUGAGAGAACAGUACAAAUAUGUGUGAUGAAGAAUUGGUAUAUCGCGUAUCAAAUUGGGAUCUUUGUUAACAGAGAUUUCUUACAUACGGUCUAAAUUUUGAUUUCGUCAAUUUAUUCUUUGGACAAGAAGUACUUAGCUUGACAACUAUUCCAUUUGUCUUUAGAUUUCUACAUUUUGUAAAUUAUUGCAAGUAGCCUUUCUGAAGGCAUUUCAGCUCUGUUUUAAUUGUAAACACACUUCUUAAGAAAUAACAUGACUUAAAAUGAAGCCUUGUUUUUUCUGAGUUGGAAGAUACAGUUGUCAUCUUCAGCAGAAUGAUUACAAAAGUUUCAGCAAAAAUUUAGGCAGUCUUUCAUUAAACACCUUUCACGUUUUAUUCUUAGUUCAUUCUAAUGUUAAAAUGAUACAUAUGUUUCCAUUAUAGGUUCUGGUAUAGUGCUGAUACCCAAUUAGUGGAACUUCUGGAGGCAGGGCUGUAGUCUAAAAUUUAUUUCGUGUUAGCAAAAAUGUUGCUAAAAGGAAAAUACUGAAUAAUUUCCAUUGCACUGCAAUAUAGCUGACUUGAAGAGAAGUCUGUGCCUUUGUGUAUAUAUUGCUUGGUUUCUUUUAAUUAAGUUUUGAAUUGUAAGAAAAGUAAUAUUAAGUCAUUAUCUCAACUUACAUUAGCACUGAAAUUAUGUAAACUCCAUGAUUGGGUGUGGAGUAUAUAACACCUGAAAAAGAUAAUCUUUUUCCUGAAAUAGCAUUUGUAUAUAAUAUCAUGUAGCAUUAUUCACUAAACAAGUGUUACCUUUCAAAAUAUACUUUAUUGUCCAAUAUAAUAUGCUCUAUAUCCAUUUUUACACUCACUUGAAUGUUGUACACUGGCUUAUCUGAAGUUAAUGGAUUUAUUUGGAUUUAAAUUGCAUCUAAUAUGGUUAAGUAGUACAUAUUUGAUGUGUUAUAACUCACUUUAACUGUAUAGCAAUAGAACAGCAGGUUGUAAGGGAGAAUCUUGUAUCUUUUCAAACUGCAUUGUAAAAUUGGCACUGAUCUUGUAAGUGCAAAGGAUGAAGAGUCAGUGAAUGACAUAACAAAAUAUUUGCUAUGGCUGUAUCAUUUGACCAUAUACUACAUAAAUUGUCAGCAGCAAUUGAGAGCCUAGGAUUCAAUUGUAAAAGGAAGCAGUUAUUUUAUUUGAUUAAACAUAGGGUCAAAUCACUCUCAAGUACUUAUGGAAUUGGAUUUCAUAGCUACAGAAAUAUUCAGUAUGUGCCACUGUGGUCAGGUUGGGUAAGUUUCAUUUUGUAAAAAUGAAAUAAAAGGUUUUUAACUUCUCACUGCCACUCAAAUUUGAUAGAUUUAAUUUGUAUGACUGAAAAAAGAUCUAAAAUUAUUCAUCAGUCAGUAACUUAGGAUGCAGUUUUAUACAUGCUAAUAUCUAAAAGUAAGCGCUAUUUAACUUAAUGGGAGUUCUGUGCAGGCAUGUGUGGAAUUGUGUUAUAAAGCAUUUGAGAACUAGAUGUUACCUUUAAAAAAAGAGAUAUCUAUAUCCUGUUGAUCAUCUCACCUGUACUUUCCUAUAGUCAGGUCCUUGAUGUUAGUUAAAUUAAGAAUAUAUGAAUCUUUGAAAAAAAUCAUUUUUAUCCAAGUUCCAAUUUUUUUAAAAUCUCUAUGUGAUUCUUCUUUUUGCUUGCAAAAAAUCUCUAAUAAUCUGAAUAGAAUAAACUUAGUUACUAGGAUAAAUAAUUCAUCUGGUGGGAAAGUAUUGAAAAUACUACCUCAGCUAAAAUAUUGAAAAUUGUGUUUGAAAACUAGUUCUAUAAUAGCAGAUUGUUGAAAGGGAACAUCUAAAGGGAGAAGAGGACAGGAAGAAUGCACCCAGUAUUAGGCAGAAUUAAUGUGGCAACCUUUCAAUUUCACAUUUUUUUUUCCUCUCAUCCUUCACUUCCUGCUUUGGGAAUCUCUUAAUUUCUGCAAUUUUUCUACCUCUCCUUCAAAAUAUCAUUCCUAUAGGGGAGGGAAAGACUUAAUGUUGUAAUUUGGUUUACUAAUUCAGUUUAAUAUAAAUGGUGCUAAUAAGGGUAUUGGAUUAAACAACUAUAGCAUAUAGACUCUACCAUCACUUUCCCAGAGUCCUGCAUGCAGUUUAGCUGAGAUUGGGAAAUGCAGCCCUUUGGCUGAAACAAGUUUCCUAUUUUGUUUAUAAUGCUGGAGUCCCCAUAUAGUGCACAUGGGUAUCGAUAUGCUUGUAGAAUUCUCUCUUGCCACAUGCAGGCUACAGAUUCCACCUGAUUUGGGGUUGGGGAUCAGGGGCGGGGUGGUUUUGUGACUGGCCAUUCUACUGUGAUAGCCAUUUUGGGAAUGAGUUAUACAUACCCAAGAUAGCCAUGUGACAACAACUAGUCCUCAAAAUUCCAAAUGGGACCCUGCAUAAUGCCUCUUAUUUAAACACCAGUAUAUAAUUUGCAAAAAAAAAAAGCUGCUUAAUAAAAUAUAAAGACCUUUUUAUUGGUAUGUUUAAUUGAUUGGUAUAUUUAUUUUUUUUAAUGUUAGAGAUGUUUACCUUUUCAGCACCAAGAAUUACUCCUUGCAAAAACUAAAAAUGCAGGCACUAAAAUGGCCAAGCAGUCUUCAUAGCAGGAAAUACAGUUUCCAGGAAUCUUUAAAAAUGCAUGUUCUGUGAGCUUUCCAAAUAUUUCAUCUUUGUGCACUAAAAUGAUGGUGCAACAGACUACCAGGUCUUCCAAGGCUAUAGACCCUUCACAAAUGAUCUUGAAGAAAGGCUUAGAAGUUGCACAAGCCUUGAUACGUUAAAGUUGAUGUGACUCUUAAGUAGCUGGACCUUUUUUUUCAGGAUGAUGUAGAAUCCUGAGGAGAAGGGCUACCUUAAUGAAUAGCAGAGAGGUGCAAAGCACUUCUGAAUCAUUUUUGAAGCAUACAGUUCUAAUGCCUUUUAAGUAAAGGUACUUACAGAAGUGCAUAAAUUUAAAAUUAUUUCACUAUUUAAUACAUUUAUAAAGGUAAUGUAUAUUAUGUACUAUUUUGUUUUCUUUGAUGGUGAGGUGGGGCAAGAAGUUUUUCAUACAGUUAAAGUUAAUAAAUCCAUUUGUCUAUGGAAAGAAUUCUACUGGCAGUCUUGAUGGUCCUUAAUAAUGGAAUUAAAGGUGUUCUGGUGUAAA